CUUCCGCCCCCGCGUUCCUAUGGAGACGCCCGGCCGGCCGGGCGGGAGCUGUGCUGAGCCCAUGGAGGAGCCCAGUGGGGCUGAGCAGCGCUGGUUGCGGGCGGCCCGGGCCUUCGUCUGCGAGACGCUCUGCCCCGCGGGGCCGGGCGGCGGUGGCCCCGAGCAGCUGGCGGACUUGGUGCUGCGGUGCCUGCGGAGCACGUGGGGCGGGCGGAGCGGGGAGCUCCCGCUGGGCUACAGCUUCAUCUCCAUCUCUGACCUCCAGUGCCAACAACGCACACCCUGCUGUAGUCACAUGACGUGGAGCACCAGUGACUUCAAGAAAUGGGCUCACCAAGGUGAGGUCAUCUUGCCCAAACAGAGUGUUCUGCCACGGACUCACCUGAUCCUGAUUGGCUACCUGACGGAUGGAAGAAGGCAGGAGGGAAAAGAGAAGCUAAUGGAUGGCAACCUGUAUGUGCAAGACAGCACUGGUUCAAUUCCCUGUGAGCUCCUGCAUUUUGAAUCUGAGUGGCUGGAGCUACUGUUUCUCUUCCCCAGCUGGGCAUACAUACCACAGACGAGUCAGGGCUCAGCUGGAUAUGUGGAAAUCCUGGCAGACCCAGUGCCAGUGGAUCCUCGACCAGAGAGAGUGGUUGACACCAUCCCUGUCUUCUACCCAGCAACGGCUGCACAAUUGCUCAGCACCAGUAGGGUUCCGUAUCAGAGAAGAGCAAAGCUGAAUGUGGCAGGUGAGCUGGCCAGACUCAGCACCCUCCUGUGCAUCCACCACAAGACGUUCUUUUUCCUCUUUCUGAAGUGCUUCACCUCUGCUGCUUGUGUCCCAGUGCUGGUGCAGAAACCUUCCCAGCUAGCUUGGCACCACAUGCUCCAGUUGGGCCAUGGCUAUGUGCUGACAGCAUUGAGUGUGUCCGGCCUGAAGGCAUCAGGGCACAAGGUAUUCGUCACCAGCUUCUCCUCCUGCCUCCUCCCCUACUGUGCAGAGCAGGUGAAGGAGCAGCCUCUGGAAAUUGCCUGGCGGGGAGGACCAAUUCAGCCAGUUUCCCCUGAGGCCACUGUGCAGCUCCCCCUGGAGCUGACAGAUGAGAAGUUGCCAGUGCCAGCCAAAGAGUCCAAGAUCCUGUCAUACAUGGGGAUCAUCACCCGAGUACUAAAUGCCCAGGCUGGCCUCUAUGAGCUUGAUAACAAGAUCUGUCUGUGCCUUGCUUACCAGCAGCUGUUGAACUCUGCCCGUGGACUCCGACCAGGAGCUUGUGUGGAGCUCCGAGACGUCCACCUCCUGCAGAAGCCCCUGGCUUCUUUCCCCUUUGUUGUUGUCCUUGGUGCCUGUCUGCACAGCAUUGUCCUUCUCAAGGGUUUCUCAAGGCUUAGCACCUUCCAGCAGCCUGUAGCCUCCUCUGGAAAUCUCUACAUGCAACUGCUCUUCCGGUAUAACCUAGGCCUGCCACUCUAUUUGUGGCUGGUGAGCCUGUUGGAGAUGCUGGAGCAAAGGUUUUGCUGUUUCGUUGGGCGCCGGCAGCUGUUCAUCCGCUCUGUGCCUCAAAGCCCUGGUGUAGCGGAGAAGUUUCUUGUCCCCAUUCUGAAUGCUGUGGUGCCUUCUAAGGCGCAAGUGAGAGAUGUUCAUCAAGAGAUCCUAGCAGAAAUGCACCACUGUCCCCUGCAGCAGUAUCAGCCCCUGGAGCCCCCAUGCCAGGCCCCACCUCUUUCUCUGCUGCGCUCUGUGGCUGAGCAAAGAAGCAAGGAAGCCUUUAAUCCAUCGCAGCUGCUGUCCCCCUUGGAGGCCCAGCACAUGGGCACCCAAGAGCUGAAUCGCAGACUGGCUUGGUCCUAUGAUACAUUCUCAGCAGAGAGCUUCCAACCCCGAAUGGUGUUGCUGGGGGUGUUGAGAGCUUCCUGCAGCAGUGGCUCCCUUCAGCUGCGGGACAAGAGUGCUUCGAUCCCAUGUGUGAUCUCUCGCAGGGAUGGGAGCCCCUUCGCUGACACAGCUCUCAUAGGGUCCCUUUUGCAGGUGGAAACCUACCAGCUUGUGGUGGAGCAGUUCCUUCAAAGUGACUUUCCCUCCUGGGAGCAGCUGUGGACCCUAGAACAUGUGAGGGGCAGAGAAACAAGGCUGUAUGUGCAAUUCUGCUUUGAAGAUGUGCAGAUUCUUCAUACGCCUGAGGUGCAAGUCCAAGAGGGUCCCACAAGCAGUGACAGUCCCUCAUUGGGGAAAAAGGAUGUUUGCAGUUCAAAGGUUGAGUUGGGAUCUCCAGAGGCAAAGCUGCCAAAGUUGGAGGGGACUAGCCCAGGAGCUGGCUCUAAAGAGGGCUGUGAUAGAGGCCAGAGCAGUGCCAGAGGCACCAGCUGCAUGUCUCGUCUAUUCCUGGUCACCCAGAAAGAGGGGCUUAUGUCACGCAACUACCUGCCGGCUGCAGAAGGAGAUGGAGAGGGGCAGGAGCUGCAGCUUAGCUUCCAGGCCACCAUACUCUGGAUGGACAAACCUCAGCUCUGGAGGCAUCCCAGGAAAAUUGGGAACCUGCCAGAGCUGGAGCAGACCAACCAUCAGAAGGAGGACAGCGAGGCCCAGCAGAGGGUGCUGCUGCUCUUUAUGGGAAGAUCACUACGAUGGUUCCCAUUCCUGCACCCGGGUGGGCUGUACUGGCUUAUUGUGCCCCAGUGUUUGGACUUUGGGGUGUUUGAGCAGCCCUGUCUCUCACCAUUGCAAGGGAGGCUUCUGAACCAGCUGGGCUGCCCCUCGUGCCUGAUAGUUUCAGCUACCUGGCACCUACAGCAUGAGACCUGGAUCUCCUGGCUGGCUCAGCCCCAGGUGAUCCCAGGGUCAGAGCGGGCAGAAAUGGGGCAGAAAGUCUUUUCCAUUCCAGAGCUACUAAGCAACAGUUUCACAGGCUCCCUUGUCUCUUUCUCUGGUGAGAUAGUGGAGCGGACCUUGUGUGCUUCCCCUGGGAAUGAAAAGCUCUCUGCACCCUGCAGCAUGCAGCGGCAGAAAGGGACCCUCCUGCCCUGGGAUCACAGUGUGAAGCUGAGCGUCUCAGCUGCUCCCGACUCCCCUGUUGUGCUGGAUGUUUACAUAGCAGUUGCCUACCUUCAGCAUCUCUGGGGUUUGCUGCCCGGGGCAAAGAUUCUCUUCCAGAACCUGCAGCGCAAAAUCUCCAGAUUCCACAAUGUUUAUUGCACGUACAUUGCCUCCAGCUGCAUCAGCAUCCUGGCUCUGCCGCCCACCUGCUUGUUCCUUUCCUCCAAUCCUGCAGGUAUAGCCUCCAAGUCGCCUGCAGCUACGCCCCCCUCGCUGAUGUUUCUGUCCAACCUGCUGCUUCAGCCUCACAGCCUGUCCCAGAGCCAGAUCGUCUGCCACUUGUCCUGUGUCCUGGCUUUGUCCCUGCAAUGGAUCUGCUCCGUCUGCAGCAGCAUCUUCAGAGAGGGGAGGUGCAGCCGACACAGCCCACCCUGCCCGUCGCACACAGGAGUGAGUCAAGCCAGUGCCAAGAUCCUGGUGGAGGAUGGAACAGGUGAGGCUCUGGUGCUGUGCAAGAAUCAGCAGGUGGCUGCAGUGUUAGGCCUGAGCCCUGUGGAGUGGAAAGCUGUGCAGAGCAAUGUGCAGAGAAGGGGCAGCAUUUUCAUUCAGCAUGGAGGAGCCAGUGCCAGGCCUGGGUGUGUGGAGGAGCCUCAAGACCUUGUCACCUGCUAUCUGAAGAGCCUGUGUAGGAGCCGUGCCAUCUGCCGGCCCAUCCUGCUGGCUUUCAGCCUCGACAGGAAGUCCUCAAAGAUUCCCCAGCCAGAUUCACUGCAGCCGAGAAGGUUUCUGUGUGGUGAGAUGGAAUUUGUGUCCCGAGUGGGAGCUCGACUGAGCCUGACGUGCCUGAACAUCCAGGAGGCAGAUCCCAAAGUCUUGUGCGGUCUGAGCAGCAAGAGGAUCAAAACAUCGAUCGGUCACUCAGCUUGAGACCUGGUCUCUCACCUCUGUCCAUAGGGAAGGAAUGAGAGAGCCUCUGUUACAGCUUGGCUACACGUGUGUUCGGGCUGAGACUACAGGCUGUGGGCUGUGACUAGGGUGUUUGUUGUUAGGGCUUUGGGGUCAGUGACUGAGGGAUGGAAUUGAUUUCCUGAGGGAUGUCAUUCUGGGACUCUUGACAUGGCCAAUUGAGGGCUAAAAAUCUGGGAGUGACAAGUGCUCGUCCCCUGUUAGCACUCAGCCGUGGGCUGGACACAAUACAGUUUGUGUGUAUUUUACAGUAUAAUAUCUAAUGUAAAUAAAAGUAUUUUUAAUAAAAUGGAAA